AUGGCUAGAAACUUCCCAGACGAAAAUAUGGGACGGUUCGAAAUGGACCCGAUGCGCAAGCCACCAGAUGCGUCGUCUUUUCAUGCCCAUCGGCAACAUGAGACAACUCGCCGGGGAGCCGUGAGCUGUGGCAUAGAUGGAAGUCCGUAUCCCCAAGGCUCGCCAAACCGCCACGUCUAUCUUGCGGCUCGCUCUUUCGGCAUCCUAUGCUCCAUUGCUCUAACUAUUUUGGCAUCCAUCACCCUCUCUGUGGUUCCUCGUGGAAAAUGGGGUGCGGCCGUGCUGAGCCCAUGCAUUUCCACCCUAUUGACAAGCUCCUUUGAGGUGUGGUGUAUCCUUGGUGCUAAUCGCCGGUCACAUUAUUGGAGAAGAGUGCUCUAUGAUGGCGCUUUGGGCAUCGGAUACGCUAUCGCAUUCGGGUUUCUGGUCUCUUUCACGAGACCCGACAUCUCCAGAUCCGAUCCGAAAGCUGCAAGCUCAGCUGCAGUUGGGAUUGCGAUAUUAAUUCUCAUGGUGGUCGAGCUGCUGCUUCAGAUUGUGUUUACGUGGUCCGGGAUAAGAGAGCUGCUUCGCAUUCGAAAUGUCCAGACCUCCGGAUAA